UGUAAAUAUUUCCGUGACAUCACAUCUUCCGGACGACUUUCAUGCAGCCAUUCUGAACUAUCUCAGUCCUGCCGGUCGUUACAGCGUCGCUGUCGAAUUUUUAACACUUUCUUAAACUUCAUCCAUCCAUUCUCUGAGCCGCUUCUCCUCACUAGGGUCGCGGGCGUGCUGGAGCCUAUCCCAGCUAUCAUCGGGCAGGAGGCGGGCUAAACCCUGAACUGGUUGCCAGCUUCAUCCGCAUCAUUAUUAUAACUAUAAGAAUCUUCACCCACAUAUCGGCGGUUUCACUUAUUUGUGAGCAAGAUGCAGAAGAGAAGGAAGCCCGAGCCCAUCCAACUCAACCCGAUCCCCGAUGGGAAUAUCAUCAACGGCAGCGGAGCCACAGAAACAAACUUGGAAUCCCUACAAAAGAAGCUAGAGGAGCUUGAACUGGACGAGCAGCAACGCAAACGUCUGGAAGCGUUCCUGACGCAGAAACAGAAAGUGGGAGAGCUGAAAGAUGACGAUUUCGAGAAGAUAUGCGAGCUCGGUGCAGGGAACGGAGGAGUCGUCUUCAAAGUGUCCCACAGGCCUUCUGGUCUGAUCAUGGCCAGAAAGCUCAUCCACCUGGAAAUCAAACCCGCCAUCAGGAACCAGAUCAUAAGAGAGCUUCAAGUGCUGCAUGAAUGCAACUCCCCCUACAUUGUGGGCUUUUAUGGCGCAUUCUACAGUGAUGGAGAAAUCAGCAUCUGCAUGGAGCAUAUGGACGGUGGCUCCCUUGAUCAGUCACUCAAGAAAGCUGGAAAGAUCCCAGAGCAAAUCCUUGGCAAAAUCAGCAUUGCAGUCAUUAAAGGACUCUCAUACCUGAGGGAAAAACACAAGAUCAUGCACAGAGAUGUCAAGCCUUCUAAUAUCCUGGUGAAUUCCCGGGGUGAGAUUAAGUUGUGUGACUUUGGAGUUAGUGGACAGCUCAUAGACUCCAUGGCCAACUCCUUUGUGGGCACACGCUCCUACAUGUCUCCAGAGCGUUUACAAGGCACCCAUUACUCAGUCCAGUCAGACAUUUGGAGUAUGGGUCUGUCCCUAGUUGAAAUGGCCAUUGGACGUUUCCCUAUCCCACCACCUGACACAAAAGAGCUGGAACACAUUUUUGGGACUCAAGUGGGAGGUGGAAACUCUGCAGAGUCCUCACCAAAGGCUGGACCUCCUGGGAGACUUGGCAGCUCAUAUGGAUCAGACAGUAGGCCUCCAAUGGCCAUCUUUGAGUUACUUGACUACAUAGUCAAUGAGCCUCCACCAAAGCUGCCUGGGAUGUUAUUCAGUUCAGAAUUUCAAGAUUUUGUCAAUAAAUGCUUGAUAAAGAACCCAGCAGAAAGGGCAGACCUGAAACAGUUAAUGGUGCACCCUUUUAUCAGACAGUCAGAAGCAGAGCAAGUUGAUUUUGCUGGCUGGUUGUGCACCACCAUUGGACUCAACCAGCCUGGGACACCCACUCAUGGUUCAGCAAUAUGACUUCCACCAGCUAUUGUCAAACCUGUGCCCUUUAAUCCUCUAACAGGGUUUCUACAAUUUGUAUAAGAUAUUAGGCCAAAAAGUACAAUCAAAUGUUAUAUUUAAAUUUCAAACCUACAUGCCAAGUGAAAUUACAAAGGUUAACCUAAUUUGGGCUGCAAUGCAAGCCUGCCUGAAAAGCCAUCUUUUUCUAAAGAAUAACACCAUAUUAAGUGUGCUUGAAGCCCGGCAUUAUCGUGAAAUGUUUGGUGAAUUAAACUGUGAACAUGA